UGUGGUUUCAUUGCAUUUGUUAUUUUCUUGAAAUUCUAGUGGUCUUAUAUUUGCAAUAUUCUUUGGUUAGUCCAAGUACUUUCCUCUAAGACGUCACAACUACGUGGAACCUGUAAUGCGAACGUCUGCGGAUUAGGCCAACGUUGUGAUUUUAUAAUACAGAGAUGUAGUCUUUUACAUGGGUGCAAGAAAUGCAUUGAAAUGAAACAUUAAAAAUUCGAAAUAUCAACAUCUUGUGUUGCCAAAUACCCAUCGCAUGCACGUAGUUACUGUGCAUAUUUGAAUACAAAUUGUUUAUUACGUCAAAUAUUUGAGAACAUAAACUGAACAUCCUUCAUAAGGAUUCGCAAAGUCCGAUUAAAUGACACUUUCAUUAAAAUUAAAAUAAUUCGUUAUCUGCCUUCGUUCGGCAUCGGAUGGGAAAAAUCGUGUUGCUCUAUAAAAGUUGAGUUUAUAAUACAGUUGGUGUUGUAAAAACGCGAAGGCAUAUGUGAAUAAAUCAACAACAACACCUAAAACAACGAUAACAUAAGUCGGAGGUUGUUCUACGACUCCAGUUCAACUACUAAUUUUCACCUUGAUUUUAUGGCGGCUGCAACAGUGGCCACUCAUAUUGUCAAAGUCAGCGUGCCGCCUCCAGCUGUUCUAGCAAGGGUGACGGAAGGGGCUAAUACGCCUGAGUUUGAAGGGAAGACGGACAAGAGUUAUAGCAGGCUAACGCAAGCCGCCACUGAAAUUACAACAACAAUUUUUAGUAGCAACUCUAACGUCAAACGCGUACUUGAAGAUGACUGUCCCGAGUCAUUAACUUCUGAUUUGCCAAUCUUCUCAGCAACGUCAACCUCGUUAAUGUCAACACCGUCUCUUCCGGCGAUCCGGAAAACACCAAAACAUACCCGAACCCUUAGGCCAACUUUGCCUUCAGAGAAAAUACUCCAUUCGCCACCUGCGGAUAUGUAUGAAUCUUCUAACAUUGACGGUGACGAGGAGGAUGGUGAAGGGGUCAGUGUGAUCAACAGACACGUGUCGAUUCAACUCGUCGAUAAUAGCACCCAGACUGACAUACUAAGCGAAGAAGGGCAGUUGAUAGGAAACACCAAACUAGAAACGAUUGCAGAAGGCCAGGGAGAACAUCUUCUCCAGAUGGAGUUGUUGACUUCGAACAACAUCGAGCAAAGAUAUAAAUUGAUUGGAAUUCCUGAGAAAGGCGAAAAGUAUAAAAUCGUUGCAACUGAAAGAGAAUGCGGUGGUGAAAGCGAGAGGGGUGAAGAUGAAAGCCAUAUGCUUUAUAGAGAAUUCAAAGUUUUAAAUACUGAAAGUGCCCUCGAGCUUGAAAACUCGCCCGACAUAGAAGCGUCAUGCGAAUUGCAGGCUCGCGAGCGUUUGAUCGAUUUAGAAUCAAGUGGAUGUACUUGUAAUGCUGUGACACAAUUUAACUAUAGUGGUGAAGAGACAACAGCGAAUUGUACCUAUCAGGAGCGCAUUAUCGAUUACGAUAAUUUCCGAAUUAUUGAACAUGUCAUAGAUUGCUCACACGAGGGCUACUGCAAACACAGCAGUAAAAUGCACUGCACUCGCCCUUGGGAAGAUGCCGACACAGAAAACAUUGACGAGCGUAAAGAACUAAAUUUCGCGUGCCGAGAGUUGGUAGCCUUCAUCGGCGAGAGUUAUCAGAUAAUCGAUAACGCUAACUCGAUGAUGAAGACACAAGAGCAAUCGAAUAACAUGGCCACAGUGAGAACACCAAUAUUGGAGUCGACUUGUCCGUUGAAAGAUCUUGAAGAAGAAGGGAUAUAUUGUGCUCAAAACGACAGUGCCGGUCACCUAAUUUGUGACUCGCAAGCUCCAAUUCCGUUCAAUCAUUCUGUAGCCGAAGUUAUAGAUAAUAACAAUAAUAAAGGCCGCACCAAAGUUGGAUUAAGAAACAAUUAUCCAUCUGGAGCUAGUAAGUCAAUAUCAACGACAAUUUCAACAACCAGUUCGGUGUCAAAUCCUAUUGAUCCUAACGCUAAAACCGAUAAGCGAGGACAAAAACAAGAACAACUGAUGGCGAAAGUGCAGCUUCCCACGCCAUCUUUGGUUGUGAAGGCGCUGAAAUCGAAACUAACGCCACUGGCCCCAUCUUUCCAUCCGGCUCGAAAAAAACAUUCACCCACCUCUUCGACAACUGCCGCCACGUCCUCCGUGUUUGCCCACGAACAAACGGCCAUUUAUUUCCAACAGCAGCCACAGCCACCAAAGGAGCAGCAACAGCGCCUGCAACAUACCACCACUACCACUAUGUUGCACACGAUGAGUCUACUGCAGCAUCUGCAAAUGCAACAGGAGCAGCAACAGAAACCCCAAGUGUCACCGAUAUUGCAGCAGAACUACUCCAAAAAUUCCUUUCAUCAACAGCAAAACGUCCAGUCAUUGCCCCAAAACCUACAACAAGCGUAUAAUUUUGUAGCUUCAUCUUCAGAUCAUCAGCAGCAUUGCGCACAUCAUGGCAACUCUCUCGGUGUUUUGCCGCACAUCCCCCUACAUAGCUCAUCAGGCCCAGCGGCCGUUGCCGCUCCUACAUUAACUACUAAUGCUUUGCCUAUGCCGGUCAGCAAUCCACCGCAAGGAUCACACCUCUACCCGGUUCAGGUGAUUUCGCUGGCUUCACCAGCCACAGCGACCGGCGAAAGUAAUAGUAAUAUUGAUGUCUCUCAGCAGCAACAGUCAAACACCGCUUCCUCAAUAGUGGCCGCAGUGGGCAAUGGAGUCACCACGUGGCCCCUUCUGGAAGCAGCGCCUCUCUUCAUCGACACCAACGGAGAAAUUCGCACUUUUUGCCCAGCGCAUGGUCUUCCAACGCUAAAUACAACAGUCGUAGGUGCGGCCAGUUCGAAUGGUGUGUCGUUUAAUCAUUCACAUGGCAAUAUAGCACAGCACCCUUCCGUACCCCGUUAUCAACACAGUCUACACCAUCAAACGCAACAGUUUUCGUCUACACCUUCCGCAUCCUCGCCUUCGAUCAUGGCUGCCGCCAUCCCAGCUGGAUCGAUCAAUGCGGCAAAUCGGCUUUUGUUACAACAACAGACACAAAUGAAAAACCAAAACCAAAAUCAAAACCAUCACCAGCAACAAAUUCAACAUCCAAGUUUCCAGUCACACUAUCAGCACCAACAACAGCAACAAAAACAACAACAACUGGAGUCUUCCACCGCACUUCAAAUUUCUGGCAAAGGCAAACUUUAUCGAGGUCCAACAGCGGUGCAAAUGGUUUCACAAAAUAGACCCGCACCAAUCCCAGUGCCAGUACAAGUACCUCAAGGUCAGGUGAUGCAACAAUAUGUCAACGAGAGCGGAACUUUUGCGCAUGUCGUAUUAUCCCCUCAAUAUCAACAGCUCCAUGCCAGCCAAGGACAUAUUCAUGCCCCUUUCUUGACCUCCAAUGGCACUUCACACUUCUAUUCACCGUUGCCGGCGGGUUUUCCAGCCGGGACAGGCAGCGGACCGGCGCACUUCCACGCACUGUCAAGUGGCCACGUACAACCACAGCAACCCCCUCAACAGCAGCAAGCACCAACAGCGCAACAUCAACAAACGUCAUCACUACAACCCUUAUCACAUUCACCCUCGCCACCCAAUAGCUAUCAUAAGGACGAGCGCACCCAACGUCAGCACACAAAGUUAUUGCGAAAACUUGAAAAGCAACGUGAACUGAAUUCCGGUAUGUCAACACCGACUCAUUCGCCAUCUCCGCGUCGGAAUGAUUUAAACGGGCAUCAUAAUCAUUCACUUGCUACGACGAAUAACAGUAGCGAUGGCAAUGGAUCCAACACGCAUAACUAUGCAACAGCGAUUUCAGGGAUGUUGACAUCGGCUCCAACAACUGCCAGUUCUUCAGUAACAACCACAAACAAUUCAAAUAACAGCAGUAUAGGAUCGAACUACAAUCUUCAAAAUAAGAACCAAAAUCAGUAUCAUGUUUCAAAGCAACCAUCUUUAUCUCAGCAGAUAUUGAACAACCACAGUUUUCACUCCAGACGAACUCCUCAAAAAAAUGACUGCGUACCAGUAAAUGCACACCAGCUAAAUAACAUUAAUGGGGAAGCUUUUGCUUGCAUAACAUCUUCAGUUAAUACAUCUGACGGCGGCAUGGAGGGUAUACCAAAUGCUGUCGAGGAUGAGGAGGACUUCCAGUCUUUGAUAAUUGAGCAGCUUUCUGCUAUUCAGAAACCAGAUGUAAUCAAUUUAACUUCACGUUCUGCAAAAAUUAUUUGGGAGGCACCAGUCAUCACCGAUCCCCAUAUCAAUACUAGAGAGUUACGUUAUAAUGUUUUGUUUAGUGACCGUGCCAAAGAGUGCAAGUACAAGAGUCUCUAUAAGGGUGAAUCGUACGACUGCAUCGUCCAGGACCUGCAGCCCGGUCAGGUGUAUGUAGUGCGACUUCAGGUUCACUAUGAAAAACUGCAGGGAUCUGCAUCCGAUCCAACCGAAUUCACAACUCCGCCAUGUGUGCCAGAUCAGCCAGCGCCACCUAAAUUAGUUAUGCGAACAAAGAACUCUUUGCAUUUGCGUUGGACGAAUCCACUAUCUAACGGAUCACCCAUUCAACACUAUUUACUGGAAUAUGACGAGGGCAAAACUGGCUUGCCGGCAACUUACCGCUCUGCGCGCCAAAACACGGGAAGUGAAGUAUUACAUUUUGUCGAGGCAACGAAGACAAAAGGCAAACACUAUACUCUCACUAAACUACAGCCUUCAACUGUAUACAAUUUCCGUCUGGCCGCUAUAAACGAAGUUGGCGCAUCAUUAUUUUCCUCAAUCUGUUCAUAUAGCACUUCAAGCAAUCCACCGUCUGCACCGAAGCCUCCAAAACUUCAAAGCAGUAGCUCAUCCUCUCUUCGCCUUUGGUGGGAAAGGAGGCCACAGGAUAGCGAUUAUGUGUUGCAGAUACUUGAUCGCGAGUCUGGCCACGGCUACCUUAAUGCUUUUAACGGGCCCGACUGCGUUCACGAAUGCUGCCAGCUGCGACGUGCCACGUCUUAUCAGUUUCGCUUACGUGCUGAAAAUGAAGCCGGCUGCUCUCCUUGGUCUAAUGAGGUCACUUUUCAAACAUCUCCUGAAAAGCCUGGGAAACCAGGCAAGCCACAUGUAAAGGGAAAAAUUCAUGGAACACAUUUUCGAACGCGAUGGGACCCACCCACAGAUAGGGGAGGCGCCGAAAUACUUCGCUAUUUCCUUGAAAUCACAUCUGGCACCAAAUUCGAACGUAUUUACAGUGGUACUGAUACAGAGACCACAUGCGAUCGCCUUCAACCCGGUACAACGUAUCAGUUGCGCACCUCCUGUGAGGGCCCAGCAGGACUCAGUCCCUAUUCGGAUGUGGCGCAUAUAACAUCAGAAGCUAUAGUACCUGCGGCACCGCCGCCACCUUAUUACGACAAUCCUCCGGGUCCGUAUGCGACCGUUUUAAGACUAGACAAACCAGACUAUAAUGGCGGAGCCCCAGUGCUAGAGUUUGAGGUUCAGAUGAGACGUCCUUUAGACGUGCACUUUGAUAUUGAAAAUAAAACAAACGAAUAUUCAAUUAUAUACCGCGGACGUGAUACAUACUGUGUGGUCAAGGACUUGCAGCCUGGUUGUCCCUAUGAGGUACAGGUGCGUGCAAUCAAUCGCAUUGGUGCAGGUGCUUGGUCACCAUGGUUCCGUUUCUCAGCAGCUGCUGCACCUCCGAACGCACCUCACAAUAUAAAAGUUGUGGUUAAAUCGGCGACUCAUUUGUUUUUGAAUUGGCAAGAGCCCGACUGUAAUGGAGCUCCGAUUCUUGAAUACCAUCUGGAAAGCGUAACGGGUCGAAAUGAGUCUAACUCUGGGUUGGAGGAAACAUCAGAAAUGCCAGCAUACCAAACAUGUUAUCAGGGAGUGCAAACCAGCGUCGAUUUACGUAAUUUAUUGCCGUUUACUGUGUAUUACUUCCGUGUAAAUGCAAACAAUACGGCUGGUGUGGGUAAAUGGUCAACAAGCAUUAAUGCACGAACACCAGCCGCCGCUCCUGCUGCCCCACAAAUCAAAGACUGCGAAUUUACCGCCACUGAAGUAUCCCUUAACUGGACGGAGCCUGAAUGCAAUGGUGCUGCCAUCACUGCAUACGUCAUUGAAUACGCUGAAGGAUCAAUUACUACGCCAAAUACAAACCCAUCUUAUACAGUCACCGGUUUAAUGUCUGAAACGACGUACAAAUUCCGCUUGCAGGCCAUAAACAGCAUUGGGCCGGGACCAUUUUCCGCAUAUGCCAAGCUCACAACGUUGCCUUCACCACCAGCCCCACCUGCACUGGAAUGCACCGGCGUAGGUCAUAACUUUAUAAAAUUAAAAUGGGCUGACGGCAAAAAUUUGGAUUUCACCAAAUACUAUGUGGAAAUGUUUGUACAGCGGGCAAAAGAGUUCCAGAUCGUUUACUCUGGCACUAAUUGCAUGUGCAAAGUAAACAAGCUACAAGAGCGCACCUCAUAUACUUUCCGGAUAUAUGCAAGUACUGAUCGUGCUGGGAUCGGUGACUAUUCGAAUGAAUAUACUUUUAGUACGACUCCCACUUUGCCAAGCAGCAUUAAAGCGCCUCGUGUGGCUAUGGAAGGAGCUGCUGCUUGUUUGCUAACACACGGUGCCAGUGGUGCUGGCGGCUUCAUCCCAUCCGGAAUGCUGGCUGAAACGCAUACCAGUUUUAUUGCCGGCCUAGGCAACCUUUCUUUAGGCGUACCGCUGACUCUCGAAUGGCAAAACUCAAAAAAUACUUUCAACGAUCGUGUGGAAUAUUUAUUGCAAUACGCCAUUGGCAAAGAUGGAGAUUAUAAGCGGAUUUACCGAGGUGCAGAGACCAAGUUUACAAUUGAAAAUUUAGAGCCGGGAACUAUGUACCAAUUCCGAGUUUGCCCUAUUCGUGUUACUUCUUCCGGUGAAGAUUUGGUUGGCCAAUAUACUUCUGCAUUCCGAUACCAAGUUCCUCAUCUUGCAUCACUGGACGAUAUCGACAGCAGCUUAUUGGGAAACAUGUCCAGCGUUUUCGGCGGUGCUGCAGGUGCCAACAACAACGGGAACGCAUCCAUGGGCUGCCACGGUCAUUCGCAUCUGGCACAUCACGUACACGGUUUGCAUACACACCACUCUCAUAGCCAUACGCAUCACAAUAGCAGGCAAUCAGCGUCCGGUCUUCACCACCGUUCUGUAAGUGCAUCUGCUGCAAGUCCCAAUGGGUGCAGCGGCAAUGGCGGUAUCAAUGGCAACGGUAGUAGUAAUAUUGGUGGCAAUACCAUACUCAUUGGUCCUAACGCCAUUGGCUUAAUACCCUUGGGUACAGCUAUGGCCAACGAAUUAGCCGCUGUCGGUUUCGCAAGUUGUGAUGAUCCACUACAUCAUCACCACCACCAUCACCACCAGUUUCAUGGAGGCAAUGUUACUGCUGGAGCUGAGCCCGAAGUUGCUGCUUCAACUGCGGCAUCAUUUCUGGCGGCCACCGCAAAUAGUUUGCUGCCGAACAACGCACUAUUAGCGCACGCAAGCAUUUCAGCUAAUCAUGUUCAAAAUGGUGCUGUACGGCGAUGUAUGAGCAAAAUAGCUACGUUAUACACAAACCGUAAACGUUUUACUGAUCAGGAAAAGGCAAUUUUAUUCAUGAUUUGCUUUCUAUUUUUCACAUUUUUAUUUGCAACACUUGUUAAGACACUUAUGCGAUAAGCCAUUGCUGGCGAUAACGAAAACCACUGCAAUAAAAUAAAGUCGUAAAGCCUAUAUAGGAUGUUAGUAGAAGCUGCGUAAAUUCUGAAAAUAUCCAAUAGGCCAAAAAAACGAUGCGUCUAUUAUAAUACAUAAGUAACAAAGGAGUCAUUAAAUAUUGAAGUGCGCCUGAAGCAACAUUUUUUUACGAGCCGAAAAUUUUAAAAGUGCACACAUUCAUGCACUCAUUACAUAUAUACUUACUUACAUAUAAAUGCAUAUAAAUAUGGUGGAAGUCAAUAACUUUUUUCAACAUUCAUCCUUAGUAAUCGAAUAAAUUAUUCUAUUUAGGUAAUUACAGUGAUUAUUACACACCAUAAAGUGAGACUUAGGUUUUUUUAUUUGAAAUUUUUACCACACAAUUGGCUACUGUGAUAUUUAUAUAUUAAUUAACAGCCCCUUACAUUUGAUGUAGUAUCAAAACCUGCACUAUCACUAAAUGUUCUAAGUUUGGUAUCGUAAACUCUUGCUAUAUUCUUGUAUAAAGACGGCGGCCGAAGUAACUUAGUGUACCCAACACACGUGGCUGGGUUUAAUUCUUGCACUUGGCACGUAGCUAAAUCAAGUUGACUUUGCAACAUACUUGAAAUGGCCAACUACUGAUAGACAAAAGAAAUUUCUUGAGAACUUUCUUUGAUAAAAAUCCAGAGUUAAUAAAGCCGGCCAAUUGGUUCUCAACUUCUCCGUUACACAAUUAUAAUCUAAAAAUAGUGGCAUUGCAAAUUAUUUCUAUCGGGUCUUCGAAAAGUGUAUAUCUGGCCGUGGGAGCGAACCACAAGAACUCUCAAUUAAUAAUAUUAAAUCUUUUUCGGCCAAGUUUUUCAGGUUUCUAAAAGGAAUGAAGGAAAGUUUCAGGAUCUUACAAAAACACCAAUACACAUUUUGAUUUUUUGUUUGAUCGUGCAGCUUGUUUUUCUUUAAUAUCAAUACAAUUCGAAAUAAUAUAGAAAUUCAUAUAUGAAAGUAUGCGAUGCCCGUCCCAUCAGUACACAUUUCCUUUGAUUUAUAUUUUAUACUAAAAGAUAAUCUUGUGAACUAUAAACUAAAUAAAAUGAAAUAUACCUAUAUAUGUAUAAAUUAAAACGCAAACAAUCGCCCUAGUGACAUUAGCAAAAAUGCAUAAAUAGGAGAACAGCCCAAACUUUAUAUACUUGCAUAAGUGUAUAAAUCUAAGUGUAUUGAUAUGUAUUUAUACCAUUAUUUUUUUUAUAAUUAAACCUACAUAUGCAUGCACUUGUACAUGUGUGUAUGUGUGUGAGCGUCUAGGUACAUUUUCAUGUUUCCCAAUACAGCUGCCUAACCUAAUAUUCCUACACAUUUACACAUACAUCUUUUAGAGUGGCUAACAGCUAAUAGCUUUUUAUACAACACUGAAUUUAUAACAAAUAUAAAAUAUCUCGGGUUGCAUUUUGCGAACUGUAAAACAAAACUAAAGCAAAGUUCUUUUUGACAAAUGUCGCCAAUGAUACUAAUCCGUUUGCCAUCGUUUAUCCAAACAAUUUUCAUGUCAAAGAUUCGACAUUUUUCAGAAUUUCAUAAAAUUGUGGACUAUGUCAUACUCGUAACAUACAAAUUAUAGAACAGAUAAAUGUAUAUCAAUUGAAAAGUGGUGCAGUAAUAUUUAUUCUUUAAUUUGCUGCACUAUUGUGUUUGCCCUUCUCUGUUGAGAUUAGUAAUUAACUUUUUUCUCAAGCCAAUCUAUCGUUACCAACUAUUAACCAAACCGUGGGGAAUAAUGUGUACAGUUUUGUUUAAAAGAAAAACAUAACUCGCUUGAAAUACCUAAUAUUUCUUAAUGGAAAAGCCUAACACUUAUUAAAACAGACAAAUAUAUAUAAAACAACAAAAACAAAUUUAAGUACAUAGUAAAAAAUAAUAAUAAUGAACAUUCCAAAUGGCUUUUACUUUUUUGUACAUAAACAACUACAAACAUAUUUCUACACGUUUAUAUCCACACAUACAUAAAUACACUGAAUUAAACUAUUUGUGAAGUAAUUUUUAUGUCCAUCAAUAAUCGCAUUUCGUAAAUUUAAAGUCGAUUAUAGUUUAAAUUUCAAUAAGCGCCCAAAAAACAAAUUAACGCAAUUUUUAUGCUUUUUAUAUACUAUAUAUAUAAACAUAUGCGCAUUUUAUGUGUAUAAAUAUGAAAAUGUAAGAAUCGUAUAAGCCAAUAACUUUGUAAAAUUUAAGAAAUGUCACAAUGCCUCCCACAUGGGCAUAGUCAGGGUUUGUGCAUACAUAUGUGUGUAUGUAUGAGUUUUUAGAUUAACGUUUUUUCUCGGGAAAUAUUAGACGUCGUCCUAUACAUACGUAUGUAUAUGUAUGCAUGCGUAUGUAUAGCAAAAGUAUGUAUG